AUGAGCUAUGGUGCUCGUCGCACGAGGCGGAAGAGCACUGCUAUAAUGUCUGACGACCGUAAUGACCCAACUGUUAUUCCGAGUUCCUCCUUCCUGGGGUUUCUAGAGCGCUUCCCGUGGAGAUUCGGCGCUCGGGGGCUGAAAUAUCGCCCGUCCGCAGCAGAUCUUCAAGAACAUCCCGUGGGCUUGCGACGGCAUGAACUUGAAGAUGAGCCUCUCAUAGAAGAAACUGAGGAAAGCGAGGGCCCAGCAACCUCAAGAGUGAAUGGGAGAUAUCGGAGUUCAACACAGUCAUCGCGUGACACGACCAAUUCCUUGAGCUCGCGGGGUGACUUGAUUCCCAGCGACGAGGAAGAGGAUGCAGUGCCACUAGAUGAUGAGUUCGCUCUAGCUCUGGCCAGCCGUCGCGGUACUGGACUCGAUUCAAUUGAUCUGAUAGGAGAUAAACCUGCAAGUAUGAGGUCAGUGUCUGGGACGUUUAGCUUAAGAACAACCGCCUCCUCGAAGGAGAGAAAGAAGAAGAAAAAGAGAAGCAGCCGCCUGCGGUCUCCGGAGGGGUCGUAUGUAGAGGUCACUCGUCAAGCUAGCACCCCUACAUUAGCCGAUCUCAAAAAAGAAGAAGAGCAAGCAGCGCUCGAAGAAAAAUCAGAGAUUGCACGAAGACGGCUUGCUGCACAGCAGCUGGCUUCAACACGAGGCUUACACCAAGCAAAAGACGAGGCUUCACAAAAUUCACCAUCUCCACAACUUCACAUCCCUUCGCUGGGCGCCGGUCAUCACGAGCCCGCCGAUACUCCUUUAGACUCCACUGUAGAACACACAGUCCCUCAAAGUCAGGAUGUACAAUCUCAGUCCUCGCUGAAUCCGGGUUCCCCCGGAAUCGACUCACAAACCGAACCAUUCCCCCCAUUUCCAUCCACGCCCGAAUUUCGCGAUGCUAGUCCUGCGUCGCAUCCUGGCCAUUUCCACGACCAAAGCAAUGCCUCGAAGUUAUCUGAUCAGGAAGAUACAGCAGAUGCUCCGAGGGAUGAUGCCUCUAUCGAUUAA